GAAAAUCCCAGAACAUUGUACUCAAUGAUAAGAGACGUUGAUCACACCAGAUUAACGUGGGCACUAAAAGUCCGAGUUGUAAGGGUCGUUGAGAUGCUGGCACAGUCUAAAGGAGGGCAAAGAAUGGAGGUUGGUUUUCACCACGAAGAGGUAGCCUAUCCUUUUACAGGAACUAUGCACUUUGAUUUUCAUUAAAUGUUAUGUUGACAAGUUUUUUUAUGGUCAAUGUAGGGGGACAAGAUACACGCAGUUAUUAAGAGACCCUUCAUGCAUCUGUAUAAAUCAAAAUUGCUUGAAAACCAAUGCUUCAGGAUAAAAAAAACUUUUGGUGCUAGACAGCUAUUAUACGUACAAAACAACUUCGCACCCAUACAUUUUGGAUUUUAUUAAAAAACAAUUGUUUUCGACCACCCUUCAGAAAAUUUUCUGAAUUUCGUAUACGACUUUCACCAGUUCAACAUGCUGCAGAGCCUAAGGGUUGUAGACGAUAAACGGCUAAUAGGCUCAGUGUUCGUGUCAACUUCAUAUGACAUAUCAAAGUUGAUCAUGAACGGAACAUCGCCUGAGUUUGAUGACUUCAAGGCACAAUUUGGACCUGAAAAUGAAGAUACAACUACUCUGACCACGUUCACAGGGAACAACAUAGGCCAUGACAUGGAAGAAGUGUUGAGAGGAAACACAAAGAUAACAAGUAAAUAUAGAUCUCAAAACCAUGUUUUGUUGAUCUGUUGCCUAACACAUGAUGGUACCUAUUGGCUCCUGGGAGAUAUUGUUUCUAUUGACAACUACAGAGAGUGGUGUUAUCUGAACUGCCCUACAUGCAACAAAAAACUGCAGCCUGACGAUGACAGGUUUAAGUGCAUCAAUUGCAACAUUUCUCUUUCAGGAGGAACCUUAAGGUAUAAAGUGACAGUCUGCAUCAUGGAUGACUCAGGACACACUUCAUCUACCCUUUGGGAUAGAGAAUGCAUUGAAGUGAUUGGAAAAACAGCAGUUACUCUCAGAAAGGAAGUUGAAAAGAAAACAGGAGAUGUGAUGCACUUUCCGGAGGAUAUCGAAGCACUAAUAUAUCAGAAGGCACUCUUCAAAGUGCAGGUCAAAACCAGAGCAGAAAGUUCCUCCUAUCAAGGACCGCUUUCUUAUGGGGUUGUCGCAAUGAUUAGGGAUCCUAAACUUUUGGCGCUCUAUGCUAAGGCACCAGAACAAGAACCAGGAUUGGAAAAUUUAUCAGAAGUGGAAAAGAGUGGUUUUGAUGCAAAUGAUGACUUGGAAGUUGCAACUGACAUCAAUAUAAAAGAAGGCCAUUCUGAAGACAAGGCUUUUGUGACAGAAGAUGAGGAUGCAGUGACACCUACUCAAGUUCAGGAAGUUGAGAUUGGAUUGGAGUAGAUGGACAAUGGUAUGGUCCUGGAGGAAGGUAUCGUACCAGCUAAAGGAUAAGGAGUGAUGAUAAAAGGAAAUGAACAACUAAAUAGGAACCUACUCGAUCAGUUUUCAGCAAACAUCAACACCAAAAAGAGAAGGACCCGAGUUAAGCAGGAGAAGCCAUAAAUAAGGAAGACUGAAAUGUAACUGGCAUAUGUGCUAGAUGGAACUAGAUGGAAUUUUUUUCCUAAAAUCAUUUUGCUACUUAAACUCUAUUUUGCUAAACUUAUGCCUUCGGUCUGUAAUAUUAACUCCAUUUUGCUAAACUUUGUG